CAGUCGGAGUGCAUAAUGUUCAAAAUGCUGCUCAGUAUUACGUUACUGUCCCUGACCACCUUUGUGGCUGCCACCACAGGUCCCCAUUACUGGGAUGAUCGCAAUGGCAUGGUGCACCUCUUCGAAUGGAAAUGGAACGACAUCGCUGACGAAUGCGAACGAUUUCUCGGGCCAAAGGGUUACGGAGGUGUCCAGGUCUCACCCCCGAAUGAAAAUAUCAUAAUUGACACCAGACCUUGGUGGGAGCGCUACCAGCCAGUUUCUUAUAAAUUGGUAACCAGAUCUGGUGACGAGGAUGCAUUCAGGGACAUGGUGACACGCUGCAACAACGUCGGCGUCAGGAUCUACGUCGACGCCAUCAUUAACCAUAUGUCAUCAACGGCGGACGACGGGACAUACGGCACUGCUGGCUCUCAGGCAUUCUAUUCUGAGAGGUCAUGGCCCGGAGUUCCCUAUACUUCGAUCGACUUCAAUUCGGCCUGUGAAAUCACGAGCUAUCAAGAUGCCGUUAACGUCCGAAACUGUGAAUUGGUUGGUCUUGCGGAUCUGAAUCAAGCAACAGAAUGGGUCCGCGAAAAGAUCGUGGAGUACAUGAAUAACCUGAUAGAAAUUGGCGUCGCCGGCUUCCGUAUUGACGCAGCUAAGCACAUGUGGCCAGAGGAUUUGGAGGCCAUUUACAACAGUCUGGAUGAUCUGAAUACAGAUCAGGGCUUCGAAGAAGGUAGUCGACCAUUCAUCUUCCAGGAGGUUAUCGAUUACGGAGGUGAAGCGAUUUCCGCAUCGGAGUAUGUGGACCUUGGUAGGGUUACCGAAUUUAGGUACGGUUCAGAGUUGAGUAAUUGCUUCGAAGGAAACAACGAUCUCAGGUGGUUGACGAACUGGGGUGAAGACUGGGGUCUCAUAUCCUCCGAUGAUGCUUUCGUGUUCAUUGACAACCACGAUACCCAGCGUUCUGACGAUGUCCUCACGUACAAGAGCUCAAAGGCGUACAAGAUGGCGGUCGCCUUUAUGUUGGCUCAUCCUUUCGGCACCCCCCGAGUUAUGAGCUCCUUCUCGUUUGACGACAGUGAUGACGGUCCACCCGCCGACUCUGACGACAACAUCCUUUCACCCAGCAUCAAUUCUGAUGAUACAUGUGGAAACGGAUGGGUCUGCGAGCAUCGUUGGCGUCAGAUCUACAACAUGGUUGGAUUCCGAAUUGCGGUCAAUGGAACCAGCGUCAAUGACUGGUGGGACAACAGCAGCAAUCAAAUUUCCUUUUGCCGCGGUGGUGCCGGAUUCAUUGCAUUUAAUUUAGACUCCUGGGACCUCCAGCAGACCCUCCAGACCUGCCUCUCGGCUGGUACCUACUGUGACGUAAUAUCCGGCAGUUUGGAGGACGGUAGCUGUACAGGAAAGUCCGUAACCGUAGGCAGUGACGGUACCGCUUACAUAGAGAUAUUGACUAGCGAGGAGGACGGUGUACUUGCUAUUCAUCAGAACGCAAAGCUGUAAAGACGCUGGAAACUGAGAGAUGCAUAUCGUCGGUGCGUCAUGAAAAAUUGUCACGUUUAAAGGCACUAUGUACUUCCGAUUAUGGUGCAUAAGCUAAUGAAAAGUAAAAACUGUGAAGAAACUCGACCCACUUUCACUGACGAUGAGCAGUUUAUCUCUAUUGUUUAUA